CGCGACGCACCGGAACCAGUCGAACCAGCCCGGCGGCCCAUGGAGUAGGUUUCGGUCACCCCUUGUCCCCUUCCACCCCCCCUUCUGUUCCGCUCGCCGACCCGACCGCCGCCGCCGUCUCGUCGCCGGCGAGGUGCCACCCCCACCGAUUUCCCAGUCCUCCACCUUCGAGAGGCGCCGCCCUCUUCCCCGUCCUCACCUCCCUCCGCAAUUGGUGGCUGCGCGCGAGGUCGAUCCGGAGUACCUGCGGGGCGCGGUUUAUUUUCUCCACCCCAGAAAUUGCGCGGAGUCGGCUGGACUGAGGAACCCCAUGCCGGACGUGAAGCCCCCCGCUCCCGCUGCCGCUCCCGCUGCCGCCGGCGCCAAGGUGGCGGCGGCGGCGGUUGGUGAUGCGCCUUCCCCUGCUGCCGCUGCUCCCGCUCCCGCCCCGGCCCCCGCGGCCGCCAACGCCAACGGCAAUGGGACGCCGCAGAAGCCGCCUCCCGUCCCCGCCGCGGCCUUCGACAUGCCCAAGCCCAACCUCCGGGGCCUCAACAAGCCAAAGUGCAUCCAGUGCGGCAACGUCGCCCGCUCCCGGUGCCCGUUCCAGUGCUGCAAGGCCUGCUGCUACAAAGCCCAAAAUCCUUGCCACAUUCAUGUUCUGAAGCAGACCAACACAUUGGCAGACAAGCCAUCACCUGCUACUGCUCCUUUGACAGAACAGACAUCUACCAAUUUACCUGCAACCGGUUCAGUAUCAAGGCUUGCUUGCUUGCAGAAGCUGCCCCACCAUUUUCUGAAUUCUCUCCGAACAAAAAAGUCACUUGCCAAAAAGGAUGUUGCGGGCAUAAACAAGUGGAGAUUUAUGAAGUUAAAGGAACAUAUGCAAGGAGAUAUUGAUGCUGAAAAUGAAGCAUAUGAGAGGUACACACAGAAUGUUGGGCUCCUGGAGGAAACAUUCUGUCCCAUGGAAGAUGCUGCUAAUGAAUCUGAAGCUGAAGCAACUUCUUCAGAAGAAGAAAGGAUGGACCUGUUGGUUUCGGAGGCAAAGGUGAGGUUGAAGUCGGAUAACGAAAAUGCAGAUAGCUUCAAGGAAAGGGUUGCCACUAUCUUGGACGAGAAGCUGAAGAAACUGCAAGAGAGUCAAAGUGCCUAUGAGGAUGACAAACCAUCUGAUCAGGAUCAAGAUGAUCAUACAACCCCAGUGAAGUUUAGUGCAAAGCAGAAGAUGGAGAGAGCCGCAAAAUUUAAUGAGCUGCUGGGUAAGAUGACAAGAGCACGGAGCGAGGAUGAUUUGAAGCCUUGCCGUGAUCUUAUCGAGCAGCUGUUUGGAAAGGAGACGCUGUUUGGAAAGGAGAAUGGUGGCUCCAUGGACGAUUCAAACAGAAUGGAGACGGAGCUGAGCGGCCAGGAGUCAAUUACUGUUGCAGCAGCAGCAGCAGCACAGCCGUAUUCCUUCCCAAAGCUGUGCACUAGGAUAGAAGUUGGCGAGGACUUUGCCUACACAGUCAAUGCUGAAUUCUCUUCUUUGAGUGAGGUUGCGCAGCUAUGAAGUACGAAUCUGAGACCAGGGCUGAUCCCUAUGCCACUGUUCGGUAGAGGGGGUGUUAUCACCGAGCGUCUGUGGUGCGAGCUAACUUGACAGUGUAAUUGGUAGAUGUUUAGUGACCGGCCAUUUAGUGUAAACUAGUGUGUAGCUGUUUGCCGCUCUGACGGCGUUUCAUAUAAUCUGUUUUCUUUUGAGCUGUGUUUGUUCUUCAUACAUGGAGCAUGAAUCGAAAUGCUGUCUCGGUUAAAGCAGCAACUGCUGGGCUGCUCUCUUCAUUGGUUCA